CCAAACUUCCAGUGAGGAAGCAUCACCCAGAGGCAUGUGAUCCAGCAGUGACAGAGCCGGCAGCAGCUUUGGGAUCAUCUUCCCAGGGGGAUCUGGGUGUUCAGCACCUUCCAGCACAGCACUGACUGCUCAUGGUGGAUGCGGCUCUGAGCUCAGGGUUUUGGAAAGCAGAGCUUUACAGGAGUGUCGUUCCCUGGCAAACGUUCCACCGCGGGGACUACACGGUGGAGGUGAGCAUCAACGACUACCUGGACAUCUACUGCCCGCACUACGAGGAGCCGCUGCCGGAGCGGAUGGAGAGGUACAUCCUCUACAUGGUCAACUACGAGGGCCACGCGUCCUGUGACCACCGGCAGCGCGGCUUCAAGCGCUGGGAGUGCAACCGCCCCGACUCCCCCAACGGGCCCCUCAAGUUCUCCGAGAAGUUCCAGCUCUUCACCCCCUUCUCGCUGGGCUUCGAGUUCCGACCCGGCCACGAGUACUACUACAUCUCCGCGUCCCCCCCAAACACGGUGGACAGGCCCUGCCUGAAGCUGAAGGUUUAUGUUCGGCCAACAAACGAUUCCCUCUACGAGUCCCCGGAGCCCAUUUUCACCAGCAACAACUCCUGCUGCAGCCUCAGGGUGCCGCCGGCGGCGCUGGCGGUGGUGCCGGUCGUCUGGACGCUCCUGGUCUCGUAGCACCGACACCGACGCGCCGGGAGCGGCUCCGCGGGGCGGGAGCGGCCCGGGGACGGAUCCCUCCCGCCCCGAAUCGCCUGCGUGGUGCCCAGGGAGGGUCGGUGCUGCCGGCGAGGAUCCUGCCGCCGCCUGAAGUCCCCGCCGUGGCACGGCCGUCCCGCCGGGAGCGGUGCCGGGCUGUCCCGGGGGCUGGGUCCCGACUUCCAUCCCUGCCCUGCAGCCCCGGCUGUCCCAGUGGGGCGUUGCUUUUUACAUUUCUAGACCAAAUACAGAGUCCUCGUCCGUUUUGGGUUUUUUUCCUUCUUUUUUUUUUGUUUUGUUUUGUUUUGUUUUGUUUUGUUGUUUUGUUUGGUUUGGUUCGGUUCGGUUUAGUUUUUUUUUAAAGAAAAAAUAUUUUUAUUUUUAUUUGAUGAGUUGUUCCCGUGGGGUCCCCCUGGUGCCAGACUGACCCGCACGGGCCGGGCUCGAGUCCCCGCCGAGCCCUCGUUGUCCCCGCCGUGGGCGGAGCCACCGGUAGCCCCGGGACCACCGGACACAGCGAUGGUGCCGCCGGCUCCGCGGGCACGGACUCCUUCGCAGCCCGGCCGCAGGACGUCACGGAGCCGGACCCGCCGCCCCCGGCCACCCCCUGCCCCAGGCACGGGGGGCCUGCACGGACGCAGCCCCCUCUGAACCCGGGGGUUCACCCCGUCCCCUCCGCUCGUGGCACGGGUGUCGCCGCCGUCCCCAUGGGACACCGGGGCGGCUCCGUGAGCAGCCAAGGGAAUGGGAUGCAGCCAAGGAGACGGGGGACGGCUGGCCUGGGGACGCUGGGAUGGCCGGCACGGGGAGCCCUGGCGAUGUCCGGCCAGCGCAGGAGCGGCACUGGGAGAGCAGCGAGUGGCCCGCGAGGAGAGCGCCAGGGACGCCUGGCACGGGGAGCAGCGGGAGCGGCCAGCGCCGGGAGCAGCGAGUGGCCACCGGCAUGGAGAGCACUGGGGACGGCCGGCGCCGGGAGCAGCGGGAAGGGCCGGCUCUGGGAAGGCCGGGAAUGGCCGGCUGGCACGGGCAGCACCGCCGGGCGCUGGGAGCCGGCAGGCCGGGCUCGCCCAGCCGUGGGCGUCGCUCCGAGGGCGUUUGGCCGGCGCCGGGGCGGGAGGAGCGUGUGCCAUGGAUUUUCCUGCUCCGUGCCCACCCCGAUGCCUUGGCUGGGGGUACAGGAGCCCCCAUGGGGGGGCCGGCGACCGCGUGUGGGACUUUCCUGGUGCUCCCCCAUUGUCCCCCGACAUUCCAGGGCUGGGCUUGGGGAUUUUUCCCUUUUCCUUUGCAUUAAUAAGUGAGCUCCCCCCCCCCCAAACCCCCAAUCUGAGGUUGGCUGUGACCCCAGGGGUGGCAGAUCCCCAGGGAGGGGUCACCCCGCAGCAGCCCCGGGGUCUGACCCCUCCUCGCCUUAAAUCUGGGGCUGUCCCACCUUGGGGAGGUCCUGUGCCCAUCCCGCAGAAGCCAGGGAUGGUCGGUGGUCCCGGGAGAUGCCAGAGAUGGGCUCAGACCUGGCUGGAGCCCCCCCAUUCCGAGUGGAUCCCAGCCCUUCCCGCCGUGGGGGCCGGGGGGCUCCGUUCCUGUACAUACAGCGCUAUACUGUGAGCGUUUUUUUUUAUGUAUUGUUGAGAAUGGAUUUUAUGGAAGGGUUUAUCUUAUUUUUAUUUUAUUUUUAUUUUUUAGACUAGGAAGCUGGAAUCUUGCAAUAAGCUCAUCCCCACCAUCCAAAAAAAAAAAAAAAAAAAAAAAAAAAAGAAAGAAAAAAAAAUUUACAAAAAAAAGAAAAUUACAAAAAAAAAAAACACCCCCACAUAAUUAAAAAAAAAAAAAAUUGCAUUCCCUGCUGUCCCUGUCCCGUGUGUCCAGACCAGGUCGUGGUUCCCGAAGGUGACAAAAGCAUUGUGUUUAUGGGGGGGGGGUGGGGGGGCACCCGCCGGGCUCCGACGCGGAGCCGGCAGCACCCGCCUGGCCUUCGGUCUGUGUUUUAUAUAUAUAUAGAUUAUAUAUAUAAAUAUCUAUAUUGUGUACAGCGACUGUGGGAGAGUGGAAGGACGGAGGCGGCAGUGGGGCCGGCUGGGGGAGGGCUGGGGGUCCCCCGGAGCAGCCCCCCCUGCCCUCGGCGCCGUCCCCCCCGUGCUGGUCCCCGUCGCGCCUCGCUCCGUCCUUCGACAUUUCCGCUUUCGUCCUCGACGUCGUGCUGAUGGUAACCGGAUCUCUCACCCCCCAUUUGGAUUCUGUAUUUUUUUAUAAUAAAAUACAAAUAAAUGUCGUGUGAGGCC